GCGCCGGAAACUGCGCUGCACGACGGGAGAUCUGCCUGUGUGUGGCGGGGUGACAGGAGCAGGAUGCUGCGCAGGAAGCCCACGCGUCUGGAGCUGAAACUGGACGACAUUGAAGAGUUUGAGAGUAUAAAGAAGGACCUGGAGGGGCGGAAGAAGCAGCAGCAGCAGCAGCAGCGUGAAGAAGUCGAUUUAUCCGCCACGGAGCCGGAAGCCGCUGUCUCUCUCAGCACGGACCCCAAGAGUCGGGAACAGACCGUCCACGAGCGCAUCGGAUACAAACCGCAGCCCAAACCCAACAGCCACGCCACCCAGUUUGGGAACUUUGAGUUUUAAU